UUUUUUUAAUCAGUUUCAUUUUCCCUUCAGGAACGGUCAGCUGACAACAAACAGUGACAAAAGGAAGUGUUUGUGGUGUUUUUCGUAUAAGGUGGACCGUACCAACUCUACCUGGCUGUUACUUGAUGCUCAUUGCAACUUUGGAGCAGAGCACACGAAGCAGAAACAUGGGAGCCAUAUUUAAUAUGCUCGAGCAGUUCAGACUGGAGUCCUACUACAACCAGUUUCUGCAAAUGGGUGUGAAAGAUGAGAGAGAUUUCCUGGAUGGAGUGACCGAUGAAGAUUUGCACAACAUGGGUCUAAGUCAUGUAGAAAAGAACCGUUUUUCAGCAAUGAAAAACUUUGUUCAGAGGCUCAGAGCGCCAGAGCGGCAAGUCCAAACUGUAACACCUGUGCAGAAACCAGCUGAGUCAUUUUGUUUGUGGUACACAUACCCUAAAUGUCCUGAACGGAAGCCGAUUAAAGAUAUGGACCCUACGCAAAACACAGUUGAGGAUCUGAUGCUCCGAAUCUGUUUCCUCGAAAACGUUGGAAACACCAAAGGAGUUUGUAUCUACUCCAUCGAUGGGAUGCCUCUAACAGAUGAUCCCUUCUUCAACAAAUGGUCCUUUAAAGAGAGACACAUCAGAAAUGGGGACGUAGUCUAUGCCAUAUUUACACCAAAGGAAAACCUGUGUGAGACUCCGCAGAUACUAGAAGAAAAGUCUGGUGAAAGUGGUGGAACUCAAAUCAUUCGAUGCCAUAUCAUGCUCAAGGGAUAUUUCGAGGUUCUGGUGGACCUAGAAAGCGACACUAUGGAUGAUUUGAUACAAAAGCUGUCAAACGAAAGUGGAGUCCCAGCACAUGUCCUACAUUACAAAGAAAAAGGCUCCAAUAAUGACACACUGCAAAAGUAUGGGAUUUCUGAUGGGUCAACAGUUUCCUUCGCUUUGUCCUCCUUUCCUGAAGAUAUUCCCCAUGAUCAGACUUUCUACACAAAUGAUGUUGUGCCUUCAGUGACGCAGACCCUGAAAGGAAUCAGUGUGGUCUUAUCUUCACUGCAUGCCAUUAGUGAUCAAGUAAAUGCUACCGUCAAUGAACUGAUUGCCUACAUACGAGAACUGACUGGGUGUCACCCCCUCGCCCAAAGUUUGCAUCAGUUACUCUGCAGGAACGAAACGAUAACCAGGAACCAGAAGAUUGCCAUAAUUGAAGGCCUGUACAUGCUCUUCAGAGGGCUUUUGCCACAGCAAGGGGAAAAAGUUAUCGAGGACGAGGAUGUUUUCGAGAACUCAUUGCACUGCUGGGCACAUCUAUUUUACAAAACAAAAGAGCAGACAUAUGAGCACGAAGUUUAUGCUCCCAUCAGUCUCGUGUCUGGAGAUGGCCACCAUCUCUGCGAGCCGGUCAGAGUACCUGGAGUACCAACUGUCUUUGAAAGAGCAGAUGUCCUCCAGAAAAUCAAAAAUGGAGUGAAAAUUCCAAACUGCACUGAAGAUCCGUUGCAAGAAAGUUCCUUGCAGAAAGCUACUGAUGUUGAGAAAAUCCUGCUCAGCGUACCGCGUUACUACACGACGUACCCCCUCUGGAUUCACCACGACAAGGUGUCUGGUCAAAACUUCCAGGUUAAUGUUCAGUGGACGUUUGGGGAUAUGAUGGAAGAACUCAAAUCUCUCCCUUGUCUUAAUGUGACAUCACCUCUACAGCUCAAGGAUCUGGGAAGUUCCCGCAGUAAACUCAUUCUGCUGAGUGAAGACAACCUCGGCGUUUAUCUGAGUAAGAACAAAGGAACUCUUGGUGUGAUCAAUGUGCGCAACUGUCUGAUUGGAAAAGUAGAAAGUAUCGAUGUGAAUGUUUUGGCAGCCAGGACUGGUGACCACAGAGAUGACAGAGAUUUUGUUACCACCAGGACACCUGUAGAAGCAAUACUGGUGCUGAUUGACACCAGUUCAUCCAUGGAAGAGGAGUGCUUUGGAAAUGCAGACAUAAAGAAGAUAGACGUUGUGAAAGAGCUCUUUGAUAACUUUGCCACCAGAAGCAUGGCUUAUGAUUUCCAUCAUGUCAUCGGCCUCGUGAAGUUCGAUUCGAUGGUGAAAACCAUCCACACGUUUACUGAGAAUCUGGAAAAGUUCAAGGUGCAUAUACGUGACAUUGAGGUGAGUGGCUGUACGCUUCUGUACGACGCACUCAGACGUGGGUUUCGUGAGCUUGAAAAGGUCAAGGCAAGAUUCCCAGACUGCAGACUUCGCAUCAUCUGUCUCACUGAUGGAAAUGACUCUGGAUCCUCAAUAGAACCAGUUGCCGUUACAUCCAAACUGCUUUUAUCAAACAUUGUUGUUGAUUCAAUCCUUGUUGGAAAAGUGGAAAACAACAUGCUGCACGGAAUCAGUAAUGCAACAGGUGGUUGCUGUUUCAAACCACAGUCAACCAAAGAGGGUCUGAAGCUCUUUGAAAUCGAGACAGUUCUGUCUCUGGAGCAGAGAAAACUCAAGAAAACACUUGAUGAAUCUUCCAUCUCAGAGUCCACAUUAACGGGCAUGUUUGCAACUCAUGGAUAUGACGAGUUUCCAGAGACAUCCUUACCGAGCCAGAUAAACAGCAGAGUGACGCUGACGGAGAGUGUCCUGAAACAGAAGAUCUGUGAGUCAAAAGAUAAACGGUUCAUGGAAAAGGAGAGGCGCAUACUGGAGGAGCUCAAGAGUCUUCAUUGUGACCCGCAUCCCUUCUUUAAAAUCUUUCCAUCAGAGUCAGACUUCGCAUUCUGGAGGAUUCUCAUGCAGGGCCCUCCAAACACGCCAUAUGAGAAAGGCGUGUUUGAGCUGUACUGUCACUUCGGUCCUGCUUACCCAGUGAAGCCACCAGUCGUUCGUUUCGUCACACACGUGUAUCACUGCAAUGUCAACAGUGUGGGCCGCAUCUGCCACAAUAUAUUUGACCGCAACUACAAUGCCCACAUCACAAUGAGAGAGGUGCUUGACGCUGUGUACGGGCUGCUCAUCAUCCCCGAGCCUGACGAUCCACUGGACAGCAUUUUGGCGGAGGAGUACCUGACGAGCCGUGAGACGUACGAACAAGAAGCCAAAAAACGCACCGAGCGGCAUGCUGGGAAGUCUCUGGAGGAUAUGAAGAAGAGCCUGAUGGAUCCUGUGCCACAGUUUAUACCUGGUCAUCUGGUCUGUCCCCUGACCAAUAUGAUGUUUGUUGAUCCUGUGAGAACAGUGUAUGGCACAGUGUACGAGCGCAAGGCCAUCGAAGAACACCUCAGACAACACCAAUAUGAUCCCAUGGCUGGUCCAGGGCACGAACUUGAAAUGAGUGACAUAACAUCUGAUAGGAACAUGAAGAAAAUGGUAACAGACUUCAGAUCCCAGCAAAUUCAGUGAAUCUGUGAAGAGAAACUUUGAUUUCCAGCUUCCAAACUUCCUUUUAGGUCAGAAUUAUGGUAGGUAGCUGGGGCAAACUCAAAUGCAAAAAUGUUGUUUUGAAACCAAUUGCUGGUUUGUAAACCUUUUUUAAACUAGUCUUUAUGGCAUUAUUAUCCUUAAAGUUAGCUAAAAAAAUCUUAGUUUGUGUUGUAACUUUUGAAAGUAUGUUUAAGUGCUUUUCAUCUCAUACUGUUGAAAAUGUUUACAGUGUGAUAUGGUUGCCAUGCCAUGUUUGGCAUUUUGCUUUUAUAGGGUUUUGAUUUGUUUCUCGCCAUCCAUUUUUGGUCUUUGCACAUUUUUAGUUGUUGAAAGUUGUCAUUUAGUUAUGGAACUUUAUAUUGUCACUUU